AUGCCGAAAACGAGAAAGUCUACCAAGCAGGAGGCAGAAGAUGAUGCCAAGGCAGCAUUAGUUCACCAGCGUCGCCAAAUUCAGGCAAAGGUGACAACGAUAAGUCGCACACUUGAAGAAGCUGAGGAUACUCCAAGUAAAAUUUGUGCAUCGCUCUUGAAAGUGUUUUCGAAAAAGCUUGAACUUCAUUACAACGAGUUCAUUUCAAUUCACCAAUCAAUAGUUGCUUCCACACCCUCCAAUGAGAUUGAACUGGAAGAUGAUGCUUUGGAUAUUUUCGACGCUCUCCAUACCAACACGCUUGCCUUGCUUGAACUGCUCACCGAAACCAUUUCCCCUCCCGGUGCUAGAGGUGUAAAUCAAUCCGUGAUCAUCCAGCAGCAAUCACUGCGAGCUCCAGUUCCCACAUUCGACGGGAAGGUAGAGAAUUGGCCGAAAUUUCGGAUGAUGUUUGAGGAUAUUGUCGGACGGAGCGCCGAUUCGGAUGCAGUUAAGCUGCAUCAUCUCGAUAAGGCGCUAACGGGUGAUGCCUCCGGUUGGAUUACGGCAAAAAUGAUCGUUGACAACAACUUCAAGCAAACCUGGCAACAGCUCAGUGACCAGUACGAAAACCCACGAGUAAUCGUCGAUACGCAUCUCGAAGGUUUGCUCGAGAUGAAACCGAUGACCACCCGCAACCAUAAAGAUUUACUCGAGCUAGUGAAGACAUUCAUCCGUCAUGUUGGCGGUCUCGAGUACCAGGGACUGGAAGUUGAUGAACUAUCUGGUCUAAUCCUCACGAAGAUCCUCACUUCACGAUUGGACGAUCAAACACUCCAGUUAUGGGAGAGGACACAGCAGCAUGCCAAGCUGCCCCAGUACCAAGAAACUGUGGCCUUUCUUCGAAGCGAAUGCCAGGUGUUGGAAAGGUUCCAAAACCGGCACCAGAUGACGGCAAAAGAGCCAUUUCCAAGGCAACAACAGGGUUCGAAACCAACUAACCAGAAAGCCCACGCUGCAACGACUGUGACCUCCAGCAGUUCCUGCCAGGUAUGUAGUGGCUACCAUCGCCAUUUCGAAUGCCCGAAGUUCCAUCAAAUGUCACUGGCUCAACGGAGUGAAAAAGUGAAGGAGUUGAGAAUCUGUUUCAACUGCCUUCGCCCUGGUCAUCGAGCCAUUGAUUGUUCAUCCAAAAAGACGUGCUCUCGCUGCCAGAGAAGACACCACACUCUGUUGCAUGAAGAAGCAGAUUCGAAUACAGUGGAGGUAGCACCAACCAUCCAAAAUGAAGAACCAGCUUGCCAAACCUCUUCCGAGAACCACUCGGAGUCUCAACGAGUCACCGAAACUGUUGCGUCGUGUAACCAUUCUAAAGCUGCCAAAACCGUUAUGCUCAUGACCGCUGUGGUGCAAAUCAAGGAUUCUCGUGGAUGGACAACUCCCUGCCGUGUUCUGUUGGAUAGCGGCUCGCAAGUCAACUUCCUAUCCAAGGCAAUGGCUGACCGCUUGGCCACCGAAAGACGACCUGCACAUGUACCCAUCGCUGGAAUAGGUGGGUCCAAAACCUACGCCAAGGAGAAGAUGAUGGUGAAAGUGGAGUCCAGGCAUUCCGAUUUCUGUGCUACUAUCGAAUGCCUCGUAGUUCCUGAGAUAACGGGAGCGAUUCCAGCAACGAAAAUCAACGUUUCGGCGUGGCCAAUCGACACCGAUCUACUUAUGGCAGACCCCAACUUCCACACUCCUUCCGAUAUCGAUAUGCUAAUCGGUAUCUCCCAUUUUUUGCAAUUGCUAAAGACGGGCCGUAUUCAACUGAGUGAUAAGUUACCUGAACUACAAGAAACCCAUUUAGGAUGGGUAGUUGCAGGAGACAUCGACGACGUGUCAACCUCCCAGCAGUGUCUAGCUGCCCUGACGGAUCCUAUUUCUGAAGUCCUUCGCCAAUUCUGGGAGCUGGAAGAGAUCUCUGAGUCAGUAACACAACCCAGCGAGCAAGAUGAGUGCGAAAAAGUAUUCCAGUCUACCCAUCGUCGAGAUGAGACCGGCAGAUAUGAGGUGAGUUUGCCAUUCCGCGAAUCGGUGCACGAGCUAGGAGACAACCGAAACUUGGCCAUGCAUCGGUUCCUUUCGUUAGAGCGAAGAUUCAAGAAAAAUCCGGAGCUAAAGCAACAGUAUUGUCGAUUCAUCGAUGAGUAUGAAGCAUUGGGGCAUUGUCAAGAGGUGAACGAAGCCGAUGAUAUUCCCAAUCAACGAGUGUAUUAUCUCCCGCAUCAAGCCAUCCUACGUCCAUCGAGUUCGACAACUAAAAUUCGAGUUGUUUUCGACGCCUCUGCCAAGGCAUCCCGGUCCGAGAAGUCAUUGAACGACGUUCUUCUAGUUGGAGCAACACUGCAAAGCGACAUCUUCAGUAUCCUGUUACGUUUUCGGAAAUAUAGGAUAGUAUUCACUGCUGACGUUUCAAAAAUGUUUCGACAGAUACGCAUGGCACUACUUCACGCGUGUUUCCAACGAAUUUUCUGGCGGUCAAGCCCGGAAGAACCCCUCCGUGUCCUGGAACUCACAACCGUUACUUACGGGACAGCUGCAGCCCCAUUCUUGGCGACCAGAUGUUUGAUACAGCUCUGUGACGAUGAAGGCGACUCAUUUCCACUCGCUGCACGAAUCAUCCGCCUAGAUUGUUACGUCGAUGAUGUCAUCUCAGGUGCGAACACCGUAGAGGAAGCCAUCGCAAGUCAAACCCAAAUUCAACAGCUACUUGAACGAGGUGGAUUCCCGGUCCACAAAUGGAGUUCUAACACAACAGAAGUUCUGGAAAACGUUCCAGAAGCCGACCGUGAGAAAUUAGUACGUCUGGACAACACCUCAAUCGACGUUAUGAAGACAUUGGGAUUGAUCUGGAGCCCACAACGAGAUGAAUUUGUGUUCAGCACCAAUCAAACCGAUCGAGAAGCAAGCCAUCCUACGAAGCGAACGGUGUUAUCUGAAAUUGGCAGACUGUUCGAUCCACUGGGUCUUGUGACGCCGGUAACCAUUAUCGCCAAAAUGAUCAUGCAGAAGAUUUGGAGAUCCGGUCUCCCGUGGGAUACUCCGUUGGAAGGAGAACUUCUACAAUCCUGGAAACAAUUCCGUGAAGCCCUACUCCUGGUAAGCGAAAUCAAGAUUCCUCGAUGCACCAUUUCUUCUGAUGCCACCACCAUCGAAAUCCAUGGCUUCUCCGACGCCUCGGCGGCUGCUUACGGAGCGGUCAUUUAUAUUCGCUGUAUCCUACCGAAUGGUAUGGCUCGACUCAACAUGCUGUGCAGCAAGUCCAAGGUCACCCCGAUAGCUGAAUUGAGCAUUCCACGCAAAGAAUUACUCGGUGCCCGGCUACUCGCCCGGCUGCUCGUAAAAGUGCUGGACUCCCUUCAACUAGAUGUAUCGCAAGUUGUUCUGUGGUGCGACAGUCAGGUGGUACUUGCCUGGUUGCGGAAGCCGUUAUCAUCCCUUGAAGUGUUUGUGCGCAACCGCGUAGCAGAGAUUUUGAAGAGCACCGAAGGCUACACGUGGAAGUACAUCAAAUCGAAACAAAACCCAGCAGAUUUAGUAUCCAGAGGUCAAUUUCCACACGCCCUGAGCACCAAUGAACUUUGGUGGAAUGGGCCGACAUUUCUAAGCACCGCCCAGUACCAGUCGGAACUUCCCGAUGACAUCGCAGAUGAAGAUCUUCCGGAGUUGAAAAAGGUAAAUGUAACCGCCAUUCCAGUCGUUAACGAGGAGAAGAUGGAAGUAUUUUCUAGGUUCAGCUCGUUCAGAAAGCUUCAACGGGUAAUCGCGUUGGUCCAGCGAUUUAUCCGUAACUGUCGACUGAAAUCUCGCAACGAACGAGUCCUCCAACGUCAUCCUACAAUCCAAGAACUACGCUCGGCUUUACAGCUGAUUGUAAGGGUCAUUCAGCUUGAAUCUCUGGGUGACGAAAUUCAUCGUGUGACAUCCAACGAACCGUGUAAGAAAAUUGCUGCUCUGAAUCCGAUUUACAACGAUGGAGUGCUGCGCGUUGGAGGAAGGCUUCAACAUUCCCUGCUACCUUUUGAAACCAAGCAUCCACUAUUACUUCCUAAACAUCCGAUCACCGAUCAAAUCAUCCGUACAUACCACGAAGAGAACCUGCAUGUUGGUCCAACUGCCCUAUUGGCCGCUCUCCGAUCACGUUUUUGGUUGCUGGAUGGAAGGUCGUCCGUCAGGAAGAUUACCAGAAGCUGCAUCACAUGUUUCCGGUCGAAGCCUAAAGGUUCUAUUCAACUGAUGGGAAAUCUGCCGCCCUGCCGAGUAACACCCGCUGAACCGUUUUUGAAAACUGGCAUUGACUAUGCCGGACCAGUAUUUGUCAAGGAAGGUCGUCACAAACCGAAAAUUGUCAAGGCCUACAUCGCGGUGUUUAUCUGCAUGUCAACGAAAGCUGUCCAUUUGGAAUUAGUUUCCGACAUCUCUACCGCCGCGUUCCUAGCUGCACUUCAGCGCUUCGUCAGCCGACGGGGCAUUUGCCGAGAGGUCUUUUCAGAUAAUGGCUCCAACUUUAAGGGAGCCAAAUCCGAAUUACAUGAUCUAUAUCUCCUCUUUCGCAGCCGCAAUGCCGUUGACGAGAUAGCAUCCUUCUGCCAGCCAAAAGAGAUCUCCUGGAAAUUUAUCCCACCGGAAGCUCCUAAUUUUGGCGGCCUCUGGGAGAGCGCAGUGAAGACCGCUAAGUAUCACCUGAAGAGGACUCUAAAAAACGCCAAAUUGACUUUUGAAGAGUAUGCUACAGUCCUUAGCCAAGUGGAGGCUAUAAUGAAUUCCCGGCCUCUCUGUUCAACACCAGAUCCAGACGACGAAAUUUUGACACCUGGCCAUUUUUUGAUUGGCCGUCCUCUGAUAGCCACGCCGGAGCCUAGCUACAAUGAGAUACCAACCAAUCGCCUGUCAAGAUGGCAGUAUCUACAGUACCUCCGUGAGCAGUUCUGGAGACAAUGGAGCCGGGACUACUUGUUGAACCUGCAACUGAGGGGGAAAAACCGCCAAAGACAACCAAACAUUCGCCCUGGUAUGAUCGUGCUGCUUGAGCAGAAGGAUAUCCCACCGCAAUGUUGGAAGAUGGGAAAGGUCGUCCAGAUUUACCCAGGUUCCGACAAUUUGGUGCGAGCGGUAGACAUCAACGUCGAAGGUUCCAUCUAUAGACGAGCGGUAUCCAAAUUAUCCGUCCUUCCGAUUGCUGACAAUGACGACCAAAACAUCGAUUCAGUGAAUUCUUCCCAGCCUGGGGGGAAUAUGUUCGCGACCGAACCGUUCGCUCCGGAAAGACUGCCAAAUGAAACCAAACGACGCACACCAACAGAAGCAGCGGCAGCAGUAGAAGCGACGCACACCAACAAAGGCAACCUACAAGAAGAAACCGUAGAAUAG